AAGCUAAUCGCAGUCAUGUCGAACGAGACUAAUGCAACGGACGAUUUUCUCGAUUACGACAUCAACGAGUCGUUCAGCCACUUCGACUGGGCGGAAUUGGGUCCUGUAGUUGUCGUCUACUCCCUCACGUUUUUCCUGGGAUUAAUCGGAAACGUCGUCAUCAUCGGUUCGACUUUGUGCCCGAGACUGAGACCUUUACCAGCGACACCGACCAACGUCUUUCUGGGUGGUUUGGCAACGGCUGAUCUCUUACUCAUAAUCUUCUGCAUUCCCGUAAAAGUGGCCAAGUUGUUCUCCUACACGUGGACUAUGGGCCUGUUCCUGUGCAAGUCGGUGCAUUAUAUGCAGAGCGUCUCGGCUAUUUGCUCGGUCGUCACUUUAACCGCAAUGUCGAUCGAAAGGUAUUACGCGAUAGUUCACCCGAUGAGGGCGCAGUACACGUGCACGAUCAGUCAAGCGCGGAAAAUAGUGAUCAUCACUUGGGUCGCGUCCUUUCUCCUUGGCAUCCCGAUGAUUUUCACUCAGGCUCACAAAGAGGUCGGAAUGAGGGUGAUCGCCUACUGGUGCGUGCGCGAUUCGGAGAUCGGUCUUUUAUGGCGUGCACACGAGGUUUAUAUGCUGGUCCUGGUCCUGGUGUUACCCUUAACAGUGAUGGCGUUCUGUUACACGGCCAUUUGCUGGGAGAUUUGGCGAGUCAUGAAACGUCGAUACCAUAUGACAUCGCAUCGCGUACUGACGCCGACGAACGUCGAUACGGAAUCGAUACCGAUGACACAGAGGCAGAGCGUACGAAACAGCCGUCGUUCUCAUCGAGAGGACGGGCAAACGGAAGAGGAGUCUCGUACGAUGAAACAGGUGGUGAAGAUGUUGGUAGCCGUGGUGGUUCUAUUCGCCAUUUGCUGGGGUCCGAUCCUCGUGGACAACAUGCUCACCGCGUACGGAUUCCUGCCACGCGUAAAGGUCGGCACGUACAAACACCUUAAUACCGCGUUUCAGCUGAUGGCUUACUUUAACAGCUGCAUAAACCCGAUCGUCUACGGAUUUAUGUCGAAGCACUUCAGGGAGAGUUUUCUGUCAGCUGCCUGCGGCGGCUGGUGGAUCUGUUGCCCGCGAAAGGGUUACAGGGCGCCGGUGAAGAGGCACCCAAGCCUCAGCCAGACGAGAACGACAAGUGUCAGGAUGCAAAUGGGUUAA